GUCACAAACACUCUCACAUCACUCUCACAUCCUCAUUGUUGCUGAAAACCAAAACAGCUGUCAAGAUGAUGACUAAGCCACUGCUCCUCCUGACUGCUGUGAUUUUCGCCUCUCUGAUUGCUUCUCCUGGGAUGGGGUGUCGCUGCAAAGGGACAAUCUCGACUCCAAUCAAACCUCGGGUAAUCGUGAAAAUUGAGAUACUUCCAAUUUCAGGUCACUGUCGCCGGACUGAAAUCAUAGUCACCAGGAGGAAUGGCUCAAAAAUUUGUCUCAAUCCAGCGGCGACAGCGACCAACGAACUGCUUCAAAACUUGCAAAAGAGAAAUGGAACCAUCAGCACCACCACGGUUCCCUACUGACCACACCGUGGCCACGACAGCUUCAUUUUAGUUUAAUAGGAAACAAGAUAAGAAAGCUUCAAAAACAACCUUUCUAAUUCAAAUGUUAUACUGUUUAGCACUUUCAACAAAUUGUUUUCUUUAAUCAGUCGGCCUUUUUGGUGUUAUCCUUUUGUAAAACUGCUAAUAGUUACACAAUGAUAGUCUAAGUGCUUCCUCAUAUGCCUGUGGUACUGACAUCUAACAAUAAUAGAUUUAAACUGUGAAGCUUUAAGUAUGUAGUGUGUCAUGCGGCAGUCUGAAAUGAAGAAUUUGAAAUGUGUUUGUUACAUUUUAUUGUCAAUAACCACAAAUAUGUACUGUGAAGAAAAUCAGAUUGUUUUAAUAAAGAUAC